AUGGCGGUGCCGCUUCUGACGAAGAAGAUCGUGAAGAAGAGGGUCAAGCACUUCAAGAGGGCCCAUAGCGACCGCUACAUUGGCCUCAAGAUCCCGAUUGUUAAGCAUGCUGUCGUUUCAACUUUCAAAGUUUACCGCGGUUCAUGGCCUGCUAGUCCACAAGGAGCAGGUGAUGCCAGGUUGUUUGGUAUUUCAGAUGUGUUGAAUCUUCAAAGCUGGCGCAGGCCAAAGGGUAUUGAUUCCCGUGUCAGGAGAAAGUUCAAGGGAUGCACCUUGAUGCCCAACAUUGGCUACGGUUCUGACAAGAAGACCAGGCACUACCUUCCCAACAAGUUCAAGAAGUUUGUUGUCCACAAUGUGUCUGAGCUGGAGCUGCUUAUGAUGCACAACAGGACCUACUGUGCGGAGAUCGCCCACAACGUCUCCACCAAGAAGCGCAAGGACAUCGUUGAGCGUGCUGCGCAGCUCGACAUCGUGGUUACCAACAAGCUUGCCAGGCUCCGCAGCCAGGAGGAUGAGUAG